CUGAGCAGAGGCCUGGCUGGAGGGAGGAGAGGUUCAGUGCUCCUGGGGGACACUUCUCAAGCGUGGGUGGAGACAUUAGGUCAAAACGAAAGGAUUCCGGGCCAGGGAGACAGGUGUCAGUAAAGUGCUUAUCACACGUGAAGACCUGCGUUGGAUCUUAAUAUCCUUGUAAAAAGCCAGGUGUGGUGGUGUGCACUCGUAAUCCCAGCAUUGGCAGAGACAGGAGGAUCUCUGGGGAUUGCAGACCAGCCAGUCCAGCCAAAUCCAAAAGCUCCUGGUCCCAGUGAGACACGCUGUCUCAAAAAGGAAGGUGGCUGGCUCUGGAGGAACGACACCCAAGGUUAACCUCUGGACUCUACAGGCAUCUGGAGUCACAUGACGGACAAGUUUUCAAUUUGAGUAUUCUUUAAAUGAAACAUCGGUAAAGCGUUGUAUAAAGAAGAGAGACUCCAAUCAACGAUAUCAAUUAUAAGUUGGAAAAGAAUCAUGUUGUCCUUAAACAACCUGCAAAAUAUCAUCUACAACCCGACAAUCCCCUAUGUUGGCACCAUUUCUGAGCAGUUGAAGCCUGGCUCUUUGAUUGUAAUCCGUGGACAUAUUCCUAAUGAUGUGGACAGGUUCCAGGUGGACCUACAGCAUGGCAACAGCCUGAAGCCGAGGGCGGACGUGGCCUUCCACUUCAACCCUCGCUUCAAAAGGUCCAACUGCAUCGUUUGUAACACGAUGACGAAUGAGAAAUGGGGCUGGGAGGAGAUCACCUAUGACAUGCCCUUCAAAAAAGAAAAGUCCUUUGAGAUCGUGAUCAUGGUGCUCAAGAACAAAUUCCAGGUGGCUGUGAAUGGGAAGCACACUCUGCUGUAUGCCCACAGGAUUGGCCCAGAGAAGAUAGACACACUAGGUGUCUAUGGCAAAGUGAACGUUCACUCUAUUGGGUUCAGCUUCAGCUCGGGUUUACAGAGUAUGGAAACAUCUACCCUGGGACUGACGCAGAUAAGUAGAGAAAAUGUACAUACGUCUGGCAAGGCACAGUUGAGCCUGCCGUUCGAAGCAAGGUUGAACGCCUCCAUGGGCCCUGGACGGACGGUUGUCAUUAAGGGAGAAGUGAACACAGUUGCUAAAGGUUUUAACGUUGACUUAAUGGCAGGAAAAUCAAGGGAUAUCGCUCUACACUUGAACCCACGCCUGCACAUGAAAGCAUUUGUAAGAAAUUCCUUUCUUCAGGAUGCCUGGGGAGAAGAGGAGAGAAAUAUUACCAGCUUCCCAUUUAGUCUUGGAAUGUACUUUGAGAUGAUAAUUUACUGUGAUGUCCGAGAAUUCAAAGUUGCAGUAAAUGGUGUGCACAGCCUGGAGUACAAACACAGAUUUAAAGACCUAAGCAGUAUUGACACACUAGCAGUUGAUGGUGAUAUCCGUUUGCUGGAUGUAAGGAGCUGGUAGCUACCAUGACUGCCAAAACUACUGAAAUACAAAAUGGCUUAUGUGA